CUUCUAUUUUGUUCUUUAACAGGUAAUACGAAUUUUUAACAUGGUAUUCUAAUAUCUAUAAGUGCACGUGAACAGUGAGAAUCUACAUUGUGAAAACUUACAAAAACUUUAAAAAUGCAGAAAAGUUUUUCAACGGCGUACUAACUCCAAACAUUAUUUGAAAUUACUCACUUAUUUUACUCUAAAGUAGUAAUUUAAAAAUAUGAACAAUAUUUUCGUCAUUCUGCUUGCGGCUAGCUUUUUCCAGAUAGGAUGUAGCCAUUUUGAAAGCCGUUCCUUAAAAGAAAUAUUGGAAUAUGAUUUGGACAAAAUUGGUACUUCCAAAGAUUGCAAGAACAGUAUGAAACUCUUUAUAAAAAGACUUCAUUCCGUCAGAAGUGAAGAUAAUUGGGCAUUCAAAAUGUUGGACGCAACAUCUAAACUACCCCAAACUCUGAUAUCGUAUAAUGUCGAUGAUUUGGGUAAUUUUCAAGAAUGUAUUGAAAUAGAAUCCAGAAAUGACAAAAUUAUGGGUAAAUAUUGUUUGGGAGAUCUCAUCCUUAAAGAUAAAAAUGCAUCUAUUGGAUUUGAAAAGGACUUAUAUUUAAAAUAUUCUAUAACACAUAUUGAAGGUCAAAAUCGAGCAAUAGCCCAUUCAAGGUGGGCCAUUUGCCUCCCUGCUAAUUGUACUGAUGAAGACGCUCUACAGCAAAUAAAAUAUGCUCAAGUUCCUGGUAUCGAUGUUUAUUCAGUAACAUGCCAAACAUAUGAGGACGUUUAUCCUAAAUUAUCCAGAGGUGCUGUUUUUGCUGUGUACGUAUUUGCCAUUCUUGGAUUUAUAGUCAUUUUGGCUACGUUAGAUGAUAUCUAUUGCAAUAAUCAGAAACAAACAAAAGGUUGCAUCCAAUUGGUUGUCACCGCCUUUUCAGCUUACACAAAUGGAAAAAAAUUAUUCGAAUUACCAAAAUAUCCUUCAGAAGUGAGUUGCGUUGAUGGACUAAAAGUUCUGAGUAUGGUUUGGAUUGUUUUAUUACAUGCUUGUAAGGUUUUGAUGGAAAGACCCAGUUAUAAUCAUAAAGAAAUAACUGCUAUGAAAAAUUCCAUAUAUAUUGGCAUUAUAGAUUAUGGAAAUUUAGCUUGCGAUACUUUUUUCGUAAUAGGUGGGACGUUGGUAACUUACAUACAUUUUAAAAAACACAAGUCUGAUGAUAUAACAGUUUUGUGGAUUUUAAAACAUUAUUUUCAUCGAUAUAUUCGAUUGGCCCCUUCUCUAGCAGGUUUAGUUCUUUUCUCUGCAACCUUAUUGAAAUAUACCAACUCAGGUCCUAACUGGCCCGAAGGCAUGGCAGAUCUAUUAGGUCACUGCGAAGAAAAUUGGUGGUCGACCUUAUUAUUCAUCCAAAAUGAACUAGAUCACACGAAAAUGUGUGUGAUGCAAACUUGGUAUCUCCACGUUGAUAUGCAGUUAUAUAUUUUUUCACCGUUGAUUUUCUGGAUUUUGAAGAAAUAUGAAAAAAAGGGUAUUGCAAUUUUACUUCUCACAUGUGCUGGAUCAAUUGUACUUUGUUUGUUUAAGCUUUUGCAGGACGACUUGUUAAUUAUCAUAGAGAGGUCUCACAGGUCUCAUAUCAAUGAAAAUACGUAUUACAAGACUGAAACCAGAUUGGUUCCUUGGUUUAUGGGAACAAUUUUGGGUUAUAUUUUGACUAGAAACAAUAUUGGAUAUAUCCGUUUACCAAAGAAAAUCAAUAUACUAUUAUGGAUAUUGUCACUUACAGUAAUGAUUAUAUGUGUUUUUGGAAAUCACUACAGUUUAAAAUCGCCAGAGUAUGCUAGAAUUCAAUCUAUUAUUUACCUUACUUUAUUUCGACCAAUAUUUGCCUUGGCAGUAUGGUGGGUUAUAUGGGCGUGUCAAACUAAUCAUGGAGGAUUCAUUAACACCAUACUAUCGCUGCCUAUAUUUCGGCUUAUGAAUAAAUUCACUUACAACAUAUUUCUUUUCAAUCUAUCAAUUGCAUUUGUUGUAGCCUUUUCCGCAAAGGCACCUGUUUAUGUUGAUUUAUAUUUAAUGGCAUUUUGGUUUUGGGGACUGUAUGUGCUUUCAUUUAUUCUAUCUAUAAUUUGGACACUCGUGUUCGAAAUACCAAUGAUAAACUUGGAAAAAAUCAUUUUUCCACCAAAAAUAAAAAGUAAGUAGAUUUUUCAACAACUAUGGAUCAGAUUUAACGUACAACACGGUGCAAGCUUAAAACUCCAUAAGGGAUCAUCUAAAGAUACAUAUUUUGACGAAAUGCAUUUUUUAAUUUAUACAGUUUAUCCAAAUUUUAUAAACGGAGCAUUCCAUGUAAGGAAAGAAACCCCAAAAUAAUUUGCCAUAGACUUUUAUUAUAUUAGACAUUUAUACAUGUGGCGGCUAGUUUCGUCCACUGUGCGCCGUCAUCAGAUUUACAAAUAGGGUGCCUAUUUAGACAAUGGACAAUUGUAUUCAGUUUUCUGGGUUUCCGAUUAUUUUUAAAUGUUAUAAUAAAAUUUAAUAAUCAAUUGGUUAAAUUCUGAAAUUUAAAAGGAAGAAACUCUUUAUGUUAUUUAUAUACAUGUCUCCCUCAA